GAAUUCUAACUGGUUCCAGUCCCUUAUCCAUUAUGCGAUACAUUUUCUGUUCAUCAAUGAAUCCAUAAUCGACAACAUUAUCAAUGACAACAUUUUCAACCGAAUUCCUCUCACACACGUUAAACUUCAGAAUCCACACUUCAAGCCAUUCAAAACCCAACACAAUCAUCAUCACUUCCUCAAUUCUAUUCCUAAACGAAGCCAACAACAACAACAACAAACGAAGAAGAAGAACAAACAACAAUGAACAACAACAAUUCCGCGUCAAUGAAACAAAACCAACAAAACACGACCAAGACUACGAUUUCCGAGACACCAAUUUCAUGAAAACCUUAAACAGAUCAUGCAAAUCAGCUAAGUACGAUGAAUCUUUAUACUUUCUUCAACACAUGGUUAAUCGUGGUUAUAAACCUGAUGUUAUUCUUUGCACUAAAUUGAUCAAGGGUUUUUUUAAUAUGAAAAAGAUCGAAAAAGCGAUUCAGGUUAUGGAGAUUCUUGAGAAGCACGGUAAGCCUGAUGUUUUUGCUUACAAUGCAGUUAUAAGUGGGUUUUGUAAAGCUGAUAGAGUUGAUCAUGCUAGUAAGGUGCUUGAUAGAAUGAAAAAGAGAGGCUUUGAGCCUGAUGUUGUUACUUAUAAUAUUUUGAUUGGCAAUUUUUGUGGAAGGGGCAGGCUUGAUUUGGCUUUAAGGGUUAUGGAUCAGUUGUUGAAAGAUAAUUGUAAGCCGACGGUUAUAACUUAUACGAUAUUGAUUGAAGCAACCAUUACUCAAGGUGGUAUUGAUGAGGCCAUGAAGCUUCUGGAUGAGAUGUUGUCGAGAGGGUUGAGACCGGAUAGGUAUACGUAUAAUGUUGUUGUGAAUGGUAUGUGUAAAGAAGGGAUGUUGGAUAGAGCUUUUGAGUUUCUUAGUCGGAUAAGUAAGAAUGGCUGUGUUGCUGGUGUGAGUACUUAUAAUAUUUUGUUGAGGGAUCUUUUGAAUGAAGGGAAAUGGGAAUAUGGGGAGAAGUUGAUGUCUGAUAUGCUUGUUAAGGGUUGUGAGCCGAAUCCUAUAACGUAUAGUACGUUGAUUACUGCGUUAUGUCGUGAUGGAAAAAUUGACGAGGCAAAGAAUGUGUUGAAGGUUAUGAAGGAGAAAGCGCUGGCUCCUGAUGGUUAUAGUUAUGAUCCAUUGAUUUCUGCUCUUUGUAGAGAAGGAAAAGUGGAUUUGGCUAUUGAGUUUUUGGAUGACAUGAUAUCAGGUGGUCAUUUGCCUGAUAUUCUUAGCUAUAACUCAAUCUUGGCAUCUUUGUGUAAGAAUGGAAAUGCCGAUGAGGCUUUGAAUAUCUUUGAGAAGCUUGGUGAAGUGGGUUGUCCUCCAAAUGCAGGUUCUUAUAAUACAUUGUUUGGUGCGUUGUGGAGUAGUGGCGAUAAAAUUAGAGCGUUAGGGAUGAUUUUGGAGAUGUUAAGUAAUGGCAUUGAUCCUGAUGAGAUCACAUAUAAUUCACUUAUAUCUUGUUUGUGCAGAGAUGGAUUGGUGGAUCAGGCAAUUGAGUUGUUGGUUGAUAUGUUUGAGAGUGAAAAGUGUCAGCCGACGGUUAUUAGUUACAAUACUGUUCUUCUUGGAUUAUGCAAAGUGCAAAGAAUCAUAGAUGCUAUUGAGGUGCUGGCUGCUAUGGUUAACGAAGGAUGUCUGCCAAAUGAAACCACUUACACAUUGUUGAUUCAAGGGAUUGGUUUUGCUGGAUGGCGAUAUGACGCAAUGGAGCUGGCUAACUUACUUGUUAAUAUGGAUGCAAUUUCAGAAGAUUCGUUCAAACGUUUUCAGAAAAUAUUUCCGGUGUUUGAUGCGCACAAAGAGCUUGCUUUAUCAUCAGAAUGAACUAAUUUUUUGGCCAUAAAAUUGAUUUGUGAAGGUCUUCUCAAAAGAUUUUUGUUCAUUUCAAUUUCAUGAGCACCAACUUAUUGCUCCCGAUUUGUUGUUUAAAAGGUCGUUUGAAGUUCAGACAAUUAUCAAACGGAUAUUUGCUUUUGACAUACAUGUUAUUAUCGAGUAUAUGCUGUCUCAAAUUUACAGAGGUUGUAUUUAAUUGUUAUUCAGUGA